AGGGGAGUAUCCUGAGCUCCCAGCUCUCAGUCACCCACACGGGAGCUAAAGUGCUCACCAGUGCUCACACACACACACACACUCUCUCUCACACACACUCACAGUGGGGAAGACAACAGCAAGAUAUCAGGUAACCCAAAGAAAAGAGGGGAAAGAUUCGUCAGAGGACACAAGAGGCGUAAGACAAACAAGAACGAAAGAGAAAAAAUGACAAUCGGCAAGAACUCCAGGAAAAGCUCGACCAGGAGCUCCAUCCGCGCCCCGAAGUUUCUGGACAAAUCAGGCGGCUUCUACGGUCGCCUUGAUGAGCCUGAGACCACUGUAGAAGGGGAGGAGGUGAGGGGAAGUGAAGCAGAGGAGAGUGGGAAUGGCGUGGAAGACAGCAGCAGGGAUGGGAAAUCCAACUCUGGAGCAGAAGAGAGGGAAGAGGCCGAGGCUUUUGACUUCAAUGAAGGCCUGAUUGAGGACGAUGGUGAGACCCUCCUGCACAGGAAACCCAGCCGCCUCAGCAGCAGGUGGAGGAGAAGCUCCCGGAGGAAGCAGAAGGAAGGGAGAACUGACGAGGACGUGGCCCAAGACGAGAGGCCCGGCCUGGCCACGGAGAGCCCGACGGACCCCCACGUCCUGGAGGGCACCAGGGUGAUGAUCGAGGUCGAGAUGGAGAAGCUGAAGAAGACAGAGGAAGAAAACGAGAAGGCAGGAAGCGGGAAGGAGCCCACAAUCGUCCACUUCCCGGCGCGGGAUGACGAGGACGACCAGGUCCUCAUCAGAGACAAGAAGAGGGGGAGAGAGGAGGAGGGAGAUGAAGAAAGGAGGAUGAAGAUAGAGCAGGAGGAGGGGAUGAAGGUGGUGAAGAGGACCACGAUCAAGAAUUAUCGCAAGGCCUUGGACCGGGCGUUCCGUCGCGGCUGGGAGGCUUUCAUCACCAACCUGUACAGCGUCACACUCACACCUGUGACCUCAUCCUCGCCACCUUCCCCGUCAUCAAAGAAAAGGCAGCAGCACAACUCCGUGUUGGCUGAAUUCCAGUAGUUCUGGAGUCUGACAUGGACGAUUAACAAUUUCUAAUAGCUACCUGGUUCAAAUCAUGAUUACACUGAAUAUGUGAUGGAAACCUUGGUUUUUAUGGCUGUGCCAUCGGACGGGACUUUUAUAGCCACAACAUAUGUUUGAGUCCUGCAUUAGGCCUCAGGAAUAUUUAAUUAUUUAUGGUAGUUACUGAGUCUUAAUUACUCAACAUAAAGUUAACUGCCUUUUUAUCGGAUGGGGGUAAUUACUUUGCACACAAACUGCGUAUGUACGGUUUUACUGUAGGAGCUGAAGGAGCCAGAUGGUUGAUUUUACAUUGAAGUCUAUGGACUGGUUUGAAUUUUAAUGUCUUUAUGUGACUGAGUUCAGCUGUGUCUGGUUCCCUUGUUCUACGUUGCUGAUUUCUGAUUUUGCUCCGAAUGUCUUAGCGUCUUUGCUCCAGUCCACUGCUAAGAACUUAGAGUACAAAUAAUCUCUGCUUCCUUUGUUUUAGCACUAUGAAACUUGAGAAAUGUUGAUGUGUAAGCAAAGGGAAAGGAAAAGUUCUGAGAAACGAUGACUGAUCAGUGGACUUUAAUUUUUGAUGAUGUUCACAUUUCUAAUCAGCAUCAUUUAUUGAUUUCAGGCAGCUUAUCAAUCGUCAGAGAGGAGAACAAACAUACAAAUGUAGCCAGCAAUCAUUAAAACCCUAAUAUGUUCCAUAAUAUUUGUGGGGAAAUUGAAGCUUUUCCUCAACUUUAACCCGUUUUAACACAGGUUUUCCUCCGUUUAUAUAUAUGUGUGUGUUAGAAAUUCACAAGCAAUGUCAGGUGGACAGUGUUUAACUUCCUCGUGAGAUAAAGUUAAUCCCAGUGUGUGUUCUGGUGAGGGUUAUUUAACCUGAUGGAACAAGACAGGGGAGUGUUUGCAUGGGUGUGUUUGAGAGAGAAAGAGAAAGAUAACUUUAAUAGCCGGGGCAUUAUCCUGUACUGAACACAGCAACAGCAUCCACUGCCUUUCGACUGUUUGUUUGAAGCUGUGCUUCGUGUUUUUCUCUUUUAAAAAAGUGCUCUGAUUUGAAAACCACCCCAACCUACAUGUCAAACAGUAUUUAAGAAGAUUUAAUGACUGACCCUUAAUGUAAAAAAUACAUGUUUACAAUUAUCCUGCUUUAAUUUCCUGCUAACUACUGUGUAUUUGUUAUUUUAAUAUUGCCUCAAGUGUACUUAGUCAUCCCUGAAAAAUAAACAGAAAAGGUCACAGGAGAUAAUUUAUCAUAUUUUAAUGACUGUUCUUAAAAAAUGCAUUAAUUUUUAUAUAAUAUAUUUUAUUUUGUAUCCUAAUCAAAUAAAGACUGAAUUUAUUCUA